GUCUUAUUUUCCUACAACGAAAUAAAUGGCGCCAAAAGAAUCAUCAAAUUUACAUUUCAAUUUCAAUUGUCGUUAGAGAACCAGAAAAUCACAAAUCGUCCAAAACUAAAAGCGUAAUGGAAGGUGGAAUGAUAUCAGUAGAUCGAUGGUCGAAGGGAAGUCAAGCUUACUUUCUUACUCAUCUUCAUUCUGAUCAUACCAAUGGCCUGUCAUCUACUUGGUGUAAUGGUCUUCUCUAUUGCUCUCGUACUACCGCCAAGCUUUUUCCUCUCAAAUUCCCGGAUUUUGACUUCUCUUUACUUCGUGUUGUUGAAAUUGGUUCAUGGCAUCGUCUUUCUCUUAUUUCUCCUUCAACAGGAUCUCCUGCUUCUGUUCAAUUUAUGCCUAUUGAUGCUGUUCACUGUCCUGGUGCUGUGAUGUUCUUGUUUAGAGGUGUGUUUGGACAUGUGCUUUACACUGGUGAUUUCCGUUGGGAAUUAAGUGAUGAGAGGGCUUUGAAAGCAAGGAAUAUGCUCUUUGAUGCUCUUCAAGGAGCUAAACUUGAUGUUCUUUACCUAGAUAAUACUUACUGUAAUCCUGCAUUCUGUUUUCCUACCCGACAAGUUGCUGCUCAACAGGUUAUAGAGAUCAUUGCCUCACACCCAGAUCAUGAUAUCAUCAUUGGGAUUGAUUCCCUUGGUAAAGAAGAUAUGUUGCUUGAAGUUUCGCGUUGCCUAAAUAUCAAGAUAUGGGUGUGGCCAGAAAGGCUACAGACCAUGCAUCUGCUUGGCUACCCUGAUAUCUUCACAACGAAGACUUUCCUGACAAGGGUGAGAGCUGUUCCUCGUUACAGCUUUAGCAUAGCAACUUUGGAGGGCUUGAAUUACCGAAGGCCAACUAUUGGAAUUAUGCCAUCUGGUCUUUCUUGGGUAGUGAAACCCUUGGAGGGAAAAUACGAAGAUGGUGUAUUUCAUACAAUAGCUUCCACUAACAAGAAAUCGGCAAGUGAUGGGACCCCAACUGACAGGAACAUGAGGUCUGUUGCGAAGAUUCAUCAGUAUAUCUUCUCAGUUCCUUACUCUGAUCACUCCUGCUUUCGCGAAAUACAAGAUUUCGUCCAGCUCGUUAAGCCAUGUAAUGUGAAAGGGCUUGUGUUAAUGUCAUCUUGUUAUGUUGAUCCACGUUACUAUCUCAGGCACCUGUUCAGCUUAAAUUAUGACAAAACUUAUGUAAAUCCUGAAAAUAGUGAGGACAUUGAAACACUUCAAAGAAGAGGGAAACGGAAAAGCAGAGAGUUCACAGGUACAAGAAUGAAAAACAAUUCCACUGAGGCUAGCGUUUUGGGUAUUCGAGUUCGUAGGGUAUCCUUAUUGAGGCGAAUAUGUCGAGGUGUGAAAAUUACUGAAUGCGAUGAUCCUGAGUCCUGACUGAUUAUGCGCAGUGUUGAUCUUUGGGUUGAUUGAUAUACUGCUUAACGAAGAAAUGUGGCAUUGUGACAUUUUAAUACAAAACGACAUCACAGAACCUAUAACAUCAUGAUCCUGAAGCACUAUACUGAAAAUUCAUUAGGAAAACAAGCAGUUUUAUAAAUGCUUGCCUGAAAGUUUCCUAUUUAUUUCUGUCGUGGGUUUAUUCGCUAUUUUGGAAGAAGAAUUUCCGGGCCUAUGACGAAGAUUACUGUCAUCUAUGUGAAUCAGAUUGUAUUCCAGAUAUGCUUUUGCAGCUCCAAUGCUUCUUACAACUUCUUUAACUAGUUUCUACAACCCUCACCCCUCAAAAGAAGUAAUAUUGCACAUUGCCUGUGGUCUUUAAUUACUGGUUCAAGUACAAGAGUAGAAUACGACUUUUGUACAACAACUUACAAUUUUGACAAGUUAUUCGGAAAAAAUAAAUAUUAGUUGA